GCAGUAUUAAAAAAGCAUUGCGCACAAAGAAAAACUCCGAAGAAAGAAAAUUGAGCUCAAUUUAGACGGUAUUUUCUGUCUUUGGAUGUCGUUUUGGUGAAUUCUAGCCAUGUCUCUAGCAUUCAUGCCUCCCCGGCAGAGGGGAAAGUCGGUUCCCGAUCAAGCAACAAUCCAAAAGAUGUUGGACGAAAAUAAUCAGCUUAUCCAAACAAUCUGUGAAUACCAGAAUAAAGGAAGGGCAUCCGAAGCUACUCAGUAUCAGCAGGUUCUUCAUCGCAACCUUGUGUACCUUGCUACAAUCGCUGACUCAAACCAAGGAAUGCAGCAACUUCUUCCUGCUCCAAAUCAAGGCAAUGUACCACCAAACCAGCAGUACCCAAAUUCCAUGCCAGGAGGAAGGGAAGGUAGUAACACAAACAUGCCCCCUGGUCCAGGAGGACUGAUGGGAAUGAAUGGUGGACCUGCUACUGGACCAGGGGGUAAUAAUAGUAGUGGUGGUGGUAGCACAGGUAGCAGUGGUGGUACUGGUGGAGGAGGGCCCCCUAGUAGCGGUGGACCUACACCCCCAGCAGGACGUACCCCUGUGAGUAGCCAGUCACCUGCUCCCAGCAGUGCACCUCAGCAAGGUGCUACCCUGAUGCAGACACCACCCCCUCAGCAGAUGGCUAAUGGACCCAUGCAACCUCCACCGGUCACAUCAGCUAGUAUGAACUCACCACAAAUGCAAGGAGGGAUGAUGCCCCCAGGUCCAACACCACCUCCACAUCCCCAGGCUGACAAACCCCCACAGCAGCAACAACAGGCACAACUACAGACACAACAGCAGCAGCAGCAGCAACAACAACAACAACAGCAACAGCAGCAACAAGUACCACAGUCCAACAUGGGUCCACCUCAGACAAUGGCACCACCAUCCUCAAACCAGCAGCAGCAACAGCAGCCACAGUCCAAUAUGGUACCAGCACAACCACCACAACAACAGCCCAUGGGACCACCAAAUCAACAACAGCAGCAGCCACAUCCUAACCAGCAACCCAACAUGGGCUACUCACAACAAGGAAACAUGGGAGUUCCACCACAACCUAGUAUGGGACCUCCACAGUCAGUGGUACCGCCCAACCAGUCUCAACACCCCCAGCAACAAGGCAACAUGGGUCCGCCACAACCUUCCAACAUGGGACCCCCACCACCACAACAGGGCAACAUGGGUCCACCUCCAUCCAUGGGACCACCAAGCCAGCAGCAACAGACACCACCCCAUCAGCAACAAGCGCCACAACAUUCUCCCAUGCCACCACCACCCCAGCAACAACCUGGUGGACCUCAGGGACCGUCUCCACCACAGUACCCAGGGAACAUGCCACCUCAACGCUACCCAACUCAUCAGCAGCAGGGUAUGAUGGCUGGACCACAGGGCCCAGGAGGAGGAGGCCAAGGGGGGCAGAUGAUGAUGGCAGGGGGGCAGCAACCAAUGGGAGGCUACAGGCAACCAUCACAAGGAUCGUCAAAAACCAAAGAUCGGAAAGGAGAUACAAGGAGCACCAGCAGAUCAUUACAAAGUCAGCCGAUGUACAACCAGAUGCCUAACUACAACCAGCAGCAGUAUCCCUCCAAUGGACCUCCAGGAGGGUACUCUCAGAUGGCACAUGGUCAGAGGCAACCCUACCCACAGCAGCAGAACAACAUGCCCCCACCCACCAGUCAGUAUGGUAACCCACAGCAAGGAGGGUAUGGUAGCUACCCUGGACAGGGGGGCCAAGGUCCACCUACACCCCACCAGGCUAGGUAUGGGUACAACCAAGGAGGACAACCUGGUCCUCCACCCCCUCAGUCCCAGGCUGGUGCUGGUGGAGCGGGGUACGGAGGAUACAAUCAAGGCCAGUAUCCUGGAGGCUAUCAGCAGUAGACGACUUGGUAGAAGUGCAUACAGAGUCGGGGGAGGGGGGCUCUAACUCCCCCGUCAUCCUUCUUUGGUGUCACACCUAUCCAGAGUUUUAAGGUGGAUGGAAUCACAGACAGCAAAACAAGUUGUGAAAGUGUACUGAUGCACAUCAUGGAUGGACAAAGCCACUCAUUGGCUCUCUUGGCUGAUAUUUUUGAAAAUGGCAUACCUUUAACAGGACACAGAGAUAGAUGUCGAAGAAUCCUUCAUUUCUGUUGAUUAUGUUGUAAUGGUGUAUUUUCAAUGGAUGGGGACAGUUCAAGAAUGAACUUGGAAUGAUCCUUGAUUUUGAGAAUGUCCACUCUAAAGGUACAUGUACAUGCUGCGUAUGAUUUCCUUUUGAGAAGACUCAUCCAUGGAUCCUCUGUGCUGCAUCUAGAGGAUUGGAUUAGAUUGGAAUGGAUGGACUAGCAGAGAAGCUAAUGAAGGAUACACAAGGAACGCAUCUGGAAGCUACCAUGAAUUAUUCAUUUAUGAUUAGAGAGGUUUCUUUAGUGAAAGUAAACAAACUAUGCGCUCCUGUACCCUGGAUGUUUGUUUGAUUUAGGAGGAGAAGCUCAUAAUGAACAUUGUUUUCACAUGAACACCUUGGCACAACGUUAGACAGUUCCAUUGUUGACUCUGCGAGUAUUGGUCGUUACACAGAGAAGAAAUUAAUGAUCACCUGGAAAUCCAGUUCUUUGCUAAAAAAUGAAAGUUGUGAUGUUAGAAAUUAAAUUCUAGGUGUACUUAUAAGUGGUGGUGAUAGUUUAAUUGUUAUUUAGAGCGCAUUUCUGGCUUUAAUUGUGACUUUAUUUUAAAGUUGUCUGUGGUUUAAGUAGGUUAAAGAAAACAAAGGUGCUUAUUGUCAUUUGUGAAAUUUUCUCAAUGCAUUAAAUUAAUUUGGACAAAUUAAACAGGUAAAAAUUAAAAAUUAAAAAAUAAAUAAAUGAAGUUUGCUUAAUCAGAACCUAAAGAUCAUUACAUCAAAAGGACAGGUAAUUAUAUAUUUUUAAAGAUGAUUUUAGUGAAACAUUUUAGCUUUAGGACAUCAUAUGAGAUAUUUUGUAUUAUGGAUCUCUAUUCAUGUCAUAUUAGUUUGAAACUGAGGUUGAAACCUGAGGCCCGUCUUAUAAAGAGUUGAUAUUAAUUGCAACUAUGUACAUAAUAGAUAGGGGGCUUCAAACUUGCGAUUGAUUGGACGACUUGCGAUUGAUUGGAUCAAUAGCAACUCUUUACAAGACGGGGCCCUGAUUUGGUGUCAAUUACAAUAAGUGUAGAUAACAAAAAUCUGUAAAUAAAUGUGUACAUAAUGAUGUAAAUGGUCAUGAACUUGGCAAUGCUUACAACGGUGCAUGUAUAUAGUGACUUUGAUGGUGAAUGCUGUAAUUAUGACACCUUCAGAGUUCCUCACUUACAAGAAACCUUUGACAGAAACUCUUGUAAAAAUAUUCUUGUGUAUGCUUGUCAUGAAAAAGUAAUGAAAUGUAUUGACUGUCUUUUUCUUUAUCAUUAUCAUCCAAAGAAAAUUUGAAUACAUGCUUUUGUUUGAUUUAUACAUUCCUCAUUGAUCAUUACUUGUGUGCUUAUACGAUGUGUUUAUUUGUACAGUAAUCAGUAUUCAAUUCUCUGAGGCUCAUCUGGUUAAAAUACCUUGAGAAGUUGACUUUGUUUGAUUUAAAGGAAAGCAUUUUAAUCCUUGGUAAUUUUCACAUUAUUGUUAUAUUCUUAGGCUGUAUUGAGUUACUUUGUCCCUUUAUAUUUUGUUGAAUACAGAAUAGAUUAUUCUGAAGUCCUCAGAACAUGAAAAGGUAUCUAAAUGUGAAAUAAGUUCUUUCAUUUUUAUUCACCCUUGCUCCUUGUAAAGUAAUAUAUAUCAGAGACAUCAACUUGGAUACACAAAUCCUAUGAUAGCCAACCACUGGUAUUAUUUAAGGUGUAAAGUUCAAAAGGAGGAUGUAAUAAAGGAAAUAUGCCACAUGCAAAACUUCAGAAUUUUGCUCGUAUCUAUUGCACAAUUGUAAACGGAGGAAUGCACAUAUUACUUUAACUGUUAUACUCCAGAGUCCAGACAUAUAUUGCACUUUGAUUGAGUGUGUAAUUUGUUUGUAUGACUAUGCUACCUGGAAUUUACUCACCUUUUAUAAUUCACCAGUAAUUUUCAGGUGCCAAAAUAUUGUCUUUGUACAUGCCAAAAGAGUCUUGUCUUAAAUGUGAAACAAAGUUAUAUGAAUAUGUUAAUUGAUGAUAUGAUUUUGUGAAGUCACAUUUCUGAUGUCAUGUAAGUAUAGAAAUAAGACUAAAUAAUUGUAUUGUACACUAAUCCCUUGAAUUUUGUUGUUGUUGAAAUAUUGGAAAAUUCAAGCACAUCCUAGUAUGUUAAAGAGAAGUCCACCCUGAUGUUGAGUUGGUUUUAAUAGAAGCAGAAAAAAUUAGAGAAACAGGUCAAUUAGUGUGAUAUUAUUUAUUUCAAACUCUUUUCUAUGGUUUUGGCACAGGAUCUAGAGACUGUUUUCCUUGAUGAGGAUCAUGUAAUAAGAACUUUGAUACAUAUAGAGUUAAUAACAUGGGAGUUUGAGGUGAGUUUAUAGAUAUUCUUAAUCCAGUUUAAGCACUUGGGUGUGGUGUAAUUGGUAUCAAGUCAAUGUUUAUGUACCGGUAUUGGAAAUGGGAAAUUGUACUGCUAGGAAAAGAGUAAUGUUUGUCGUCACCAAUUAUGCAAAGGUGUUUUUAACUUUUGAGUUGCGGUAACUUUUGUAAAUUAAUUGUCACAUAUUUUGAUAAAAAACACACACAAUUCUUGAAAUGGGUAACAAUGUGCCAAACAAUUUUAGUAAAGAAGGUAUAACAGUUGAGUUAUGAGCGUUGAAUAUGAGGAAGUUUAAGUGGUAGCCCUAACCCACAUGAUAACAAAUGUUGUCCAUGAGAGCUGUGUGUUUAAAGAAUGUGGUUUAUGUUUGCUUGUUCAAACAAUCUACCUAUAUAGUGAUAGAGAAUUCAGUUCUCUCUACAUGACAUCAGAACUCAAUAUCUUCAAUAUGAAAAUAAUAUGGUAUUGAACUAAUAUAUUGCUCAUGUAUAUUUGUUUUUGUAAUAGAUUUGUAUAGCUGUCUCUACAAAACUUCUGUUUAUCUCUCUCUCUCUCUCUCUACACUCUUUACCAGUUAUACUCUAUACUUUUCUGUAUUAGUGUUAGUUACCUACAGGCUUGUUAUGUUAUUUUUGACAAUUGUCACUUUAGCUUCUCUAUACAUGUAAUAUGGUUGAAAUGAUAAGAACAUAUAUUUUGCUCUAUUGAAACGUUAAAUGUUCUUUUUUCAGGCCAAGUUUUGGCAGUAAAGUUCAGAAUUUUCCAAAUGCUGAAACUGUGUGCAAUGACCAAAGAGGUAUAUCUCCUCUAAUUAUGUAACAAUGUUACUCUCUGUAUUACAGCUCAGCAGAUUAUUUUGUUGUACGCCAUGACAUUGUUUAAUUCUUAUACCACAUACAUUUUUGUUUCUACAGUUCAGGAAGCAGGAUUUAGCGCUAGAUUUAGAAACAGGAGCAAGAUACGGUUAGCAUGUUGUAGAAAUAUUCAUGUCUUACAGUCUAUUAAAGACAACUUUUUUUUAAAGUGUAUAUUGUAUCACCUUACUUGUAUUAAGUAUAAAGCAACUCAUAUCACAAGGAUUUAUUUUUGUUAAGAAAUGGGAAUGACUCUUGAAAAAGAUUCUACUUAAGUAGAUUCCAGAGAAGUGUGAAAAGUUUAUGGCCAUGUAUUUUUCAAUUUCAUUCUUGUACUACUUUCUUGUAGAAAGCUAAUAGAGCACCUCCACAGUUUCAAAACAUCUACAAAAGACUCAAGGAAUUCUCCUUACUAUUAUGUAAAAAAUGUAGAAAAUUUAUACUUUCUUGUUUAUCCUAAAAAAGAUUAUGGCCCUCAUUGUACUAAAAUUUAAAGCUGAUGCAGGGCUCAUGUUUUUGUCCAAAAUCAGGUUCAACAAAGGAAGUGAGUCUUAGUCUGAGUUCUUAGUUUUCUUUUUGUUAAACAUGACCUUAGAUCUCUGGACUGGUUUAACUAAAUUAGUGAAAUACAGGUAAAGGAUUCUUUUUUUUCUGUCCCUUUUUAUUUUGGUAAUGUCCAACAACAACAAAAUAAUCCUAGCCAAUUAGAGGGGGGGGGGGGGGGGGGGGGGGGGAAGCAAAUUUUUAGAUGACUUUAUCACUAUUCGAGUGUAAGAAGGGUAGAUUAUGUAGAAAUCCGUGACUGAUGCCUGUAUUGUAUGAUAAAGCACUGUGUAAAUACAUGUAAUGUGAAAGAACACAAUAAAAUGCAGAGACUAUGAAAAUGGGUUUCUUGUCUCAUAUUUGAGAGAAGUACGAGUCAGAUGGAUAGAGUAAGCAUGGCAAGAUAACACAUUGGCUUUAUGUCCUUUAUGUGAAAUCAUUGUACUACUAGUAUGUGAUAUUUAUUUGUACAAAGAAAAGACAACCAUUCACUGAAUUUUAACAUAUUUCAGUUCAUGUAGUAAAAGAGAAGGUACAUAUCUUGGAUUUGUUCAAAAUUUCAUAUUCAGAUGGACAUAUCUCAGACAAUACUCGACAUAUUCAAUUGGUCACAGCUUCGGUACUCUACUUUACCACAUGGACUAAACUUUACCAUCAAAAUGAAAGAAAUAAUUGGAUUUCCAUAUUCUGGCACAUUCUUUAUCAGGUUUUUUUUAUUACAAAAAUGGAGAAAACUCAAGUAGAAUAUAAUUCUUGAUAUGAUUAAAAAUUGCCCUCCAGUGCAAAUGAACUCCAAUACAAAAUAACAGCCAGUAUGAGUAACAUAUGGAACUCUGAUGCACACAAGGAAUUGUUGACUCUUGUCAACCACGCCAACUGAUUGUUUAAUUCAAUAGAAGUCAGGCCACAGUUAGCAAUGAGUAACCACAGAGAUGUUGCAAAAAUGUUCUGUAUGCUUUCAUUUAUGAGUAGACUGUUGGGGCCAGUUGUCCACUGAAAGUUUAUUUUCAUCCAAAUAAGUCCCUUAUCACACACUGCUUCAAGAGAUAAAUCCUGUACCGGUUUUGUGCAACUAAUGGUAUUAAUGUCCUUCAAUUGCAAAAUAACACCUUGUGUGAAUUAACAUAAUGCCUCGUGUGCACCAGACCUAAGCAAUACAUGUACAUGCAUCUCGGAUUACACCAGCUUUAUAUCCGUACAGUCUUCAAGACUUCAUGAAUCAAAUUUGGUGAAAUUAAGUAUGUGAUGAUGCAAGUUAUUAUUCACUUUAUAUUAUAAUUCACGUAAUAUCAUGGUUUAUAGCGUUAUAGGAAACAAAGGCCUAUACUUUUAUGCUGGUAUUAUAAUGAGAAUAUAUAUGUUUUGCUGUAUCGUAGGAUACUCUUUCAAGCUGACCAGAUACACAUGUAUACGUGCAUCAUCCUUUUACCCUUAAUUCACACUCGCCAAAUCUAAGUAAUACACUUCAUACUCAAACAUGCCCUUUUUUUGCAGGGAACAAAUAAAAGAUCAACAAAGAUAAGAAAACCCAACACAGAUACAUGUAGAACAUAUUAAAAUGUGACAAAAGUAAAUAUUCUUUCUGACAUGUUCAUAGAUUUAAAGGCAGCUUCACGUUGAUCUAAUUUGAUUUACUGUCCAACUCUUCAUAAGUACCUGCUAGGCUCAACACUUUGUAACAUGGUUUCCUUCAAUAGACUGGUUAACUAACGUACUGUAUUCAAAUUUUAUGCAUACUUUUUAAACGAAGGUUUUUC